AUGGCUGGUAAAGGAAGAUCUACGAAAAAUUCUAAUAGCGAUGCUCUACGAUGUGAAAAAGAAUCAACAGAUGUUCAGUGUGUUUGUUGUGGGAUUUCGUUUGCUGUCGGCAUGACUGAGGAAUCGUUAGAACUAUUGAAGGCAUGUGAUAACGUCAAAUUUGUGUGUGAUGAGUGCUUGAAGUCACCAUCAAUAAAGGAUCAGAUCAUCAAAACAGUUGAGAGUGGAAAAGCUGAGAUAUGUGACAAGAUAAACAGCUUAAGUAAAGAGAUUAGAUCAGAAAUCGAUGCAAUCAAGGUAAAAUUGGAAGCAAAUGAAGGCAAAAUGUCUGGAUUGGAUGUCCCUGGAUCAAAGCUCUGUGAUGAGAUUUCGAACUUUAGAAAUGAAAUGACCAGAUCAUUUGCUAGCGUGGUCAGUUCUGAGGUUGUGAAAAAUUACCAGUCUGAAGAAGAAAAAGGAAACAAUUAUCAUCAACAUCAACAAAAGAUACUCAAUUUCACGGGGAAUUUGAUCACUGAGCCAUCACAACAAAACAACAUAGAAAACAAGACAACGAAACAACAACACAAAGAACAAACAAUUAGAUACAUAGAUAUCAUUAAAGUGAUCAUAUUGAGCUCGAUCAGAGGUUAA